GCAGAAUGAUUGCAUCUAGUAAAUAAUCGCACCCCGCUUACGUUAAAACGUCGUCGUAACCGCUAUCUUCACAUCAAAAGAAGCUUCGCGUCCCGACUCUUGGGCCAAGAGCGGCAAGCAACAGAAAUGGCGCUUCGCACAUGCAAUACUUUUCGUUCUCCAUUCGUUGACUCAAUUAAAUUGACAAAGAAACCCAUGCGGAUCUGCAAAUUCUCUGUUAAGAAUUCUAUUUCUGACCUAAAUGAAUCUCGGAAGCUGGUUUUGCAAGUAAAAGAGAAGCUUCAAAAUGAUUAUAGUAGUCUCCCAGUUGGUAAAAAUGGACGAGAUGAUGAAGAUAUGAUCCUCUGGUACUUAAAGGACAGGAGGUUUUCUGUUGAAGAAACCGUUGCAAAAUUGACUAAAGCCAUUAAAUGGCGUCAAGAAUUUAGGGUGUCUGAACUAAAUGAAGAGUCUGUGAAGGGUAUUGCUGGAACUGGAAAAGCUUAUGUGCAUGACUUUCUUGAUGUUAAUGGCAGACCAGUGCUAAUAGUGGUAGCAUCAAAGCAUUUACCUGCGGUGCAUGAUCCUGUUGAGGACCAGAAGCUCUGUGCCUUUUUGGUUGAGAAGGCAUUGAGCAAGCUUCCACCUGGAAAGGAAGAAAUUCUUGGUAUAUUUGAUCUCAGAGGCUUUCGUACUGAGAAUGCAGAUCUUAAAUUCUUAACUUUUAUGUUUGAUGUAUUUUACUAUUAUUAUCCAAAGCGGUUGCAUGAAGUCCUCUUUGUCGGAGCUCCAUUUAUAUUUAAGCCAUUUUGGCAGCUAACCAAGCCCUUAUUGAAAUCAUAUGCUUCAUUGGUAAAAUUUUGCUCAGUGGAGACCGUCAGAAAGGAAUAUUUUACUGAAGCAACACUGCCAGCCAGUUUCAAAGACUGACUUUAUCAUGGCCGUUUAGUUUAGAAGUGGAUUCGGAUUUCCCCAGUAUGAAGUGGAUGGUAGAUAUUGACAAGCUUAACGGUAAAUGAUUCAAAAAGUUAGUUUAAUUUUGGAUUUGCAUGCAAAAUUUUUGCAGAAUCGAGACUUGGAUUAUUUGAACCUCAUCAAAGUAUAACCAGAGUUGACAGGCACAUGUUUUAAAAGUUGCUCAGCCUUCCCUCUGGAGAGUUAUGGACUUCUGGAAAUAUUAGAUGAAUUAGACCUUCUCCAUGCAAAGAAAUCGUUCCAUUACCAAAAGAAUUUACAUCAUUUUGCCUAGUAAUGAAAUUCUACAAAAUAUCCUUUUGUGAAGAAACCUUUCUAAGUCCAAAAUAUGUGCAGCCAGCCAAAGUAGGGUUUUCUAUUUUUCUUGUUUCAACGACCUCUUUAUUUUAUCUUGAAGUUCGACGACGUAGAGUUUCACA